UUUUUGCCUUAAAGCCAUUGAGUGGUCCAGUUAUUCAUUGAAAUUCUUUGUUUUUGCUUUUGUAAAGGGCAGGCCCGUCGUGGAUGGAUUGAAAUAUGGAACAGAUUGUUGAUUAAGAAGUGAUUUUUGUUUGUGUUGUUAAAGAGAAAGUUUUUGUGUAGCUUAUUAUUAAAGUUUGAUUACGCUGUAUAUAGACAUGCUAAACUAAGCAUCUGCAUUGAACCACUGCCAAUAUUUACAUUCCGUUUCUGUGAUCCCCGCUUCUUGGUUUGAAUAACCCAUGCUACUCAUUAAGAAUUAAAACAGUUUUGCAAAAGUUAAAGUUUGAUUCAGCUUAUUUUUGGACAGCUGUUUCGACAACGUCAAAUAAAUCCAUAUCCAUGCAAAGAUGCCAUGUUGGCUAAUAAUAAAUUAGCUGUAUAGAAAUUGUGGUAUUGUCGAACCCCAAAACUUCCUCUUAUUUCAUAUAUUGGGAUCCAUCUUUUUACUAUCUUGUGUAUUUAUGAUCUAGCUGCAUUGUUAGCCCGUUUAUUCCAGCCUGUGUAGAGGCUCAGCUUUAGUAUACUUUACUGACAGUCAUCUGUCACGAGGGGGCGACCUUCGUCAUAGUUGCGCUGCACAAACACCACGUCACUGUGAAUGCGAGUGGGGGAGACAUAAAAUCCUGUCAAAUAAAACAACGUGAUAUAUAACUAUCUUGCCGAUAAUACAACAAAAUGUACUUUUCAAAAUGACUUUUCUUAACGGCAAAAAUACCUGUACUUAUUUUCCUCUGCAAAAACAUAUUUUGAACUCGGGAUUUUAAAUAGUCUCCCCUCUCUUUCCAAAGAGUGGUAUCGUCCGGUAAACCUAGCUGGGCUAACUAGAGAGUCAGGAUUAUCUAGAGAACGACGGAAAGCGUCGGCCCACUGUGAAGAAGUAAAAAUAACCAUUAAACACAAUAUAACGUUUUCGAUCAAAUAAUUGAGGUUAUCAAUACGUGUGUCACGAGUACACGAUGUCAACCCCGGCUAGAAGGAGACUUAUGAGAGAUUUUAAACGGCUACAAGAGGACCCGCCUGCUGGCGUCAGUGGUGCCCCAUCGGAAAACAACAUUAUGGCGUGGAAUGCAGUCAUAUUUGGCCCCGAAGGAACUCCCUUUGAGGAUGGUACAUUUAAACUCAUUGUAGAGUUCACAGAAGAAUACCCCAACAAACCACCCACAGUACGAUUUGUGUCAAAGAUGUUUCAUCCAAAUGUCUAUGCAGAUGGAAGUAUAUGUUUGGACAUCCUACAGAAUCGUUGGAGUCCAACAUAUGAUGUGUCCUCUAUUCUUACAUCUAUCCAGUCCCUGCUUGAUGAACCAAACCCCAACAGUCCCGCCAACAGUCAGGCCGCUCAGCUGUACCAGGAGAACAAGCGGGAGUACGAGAAGCGCGUGUCUGCCAUCGUAGAACAAAGCUGGAGAGACAGUUGACCUGACAAUCCCGAUAGCUGCUCUCUCCAUCGUUAAGCUGUGUGUGCUGCAAGGUUUAGUGGAGUACCUCUUACUUUUUGCCCCCCCCCCCCCCCAUCUUUUUGAUUUUAAGCUUUUAUGCACUUUACCGUCAACUUCCCUUCAUAGAAUGUUUUUGUUUUUUUGCCCGUCAAGAGGGAUUCAUUUUUUCCAUUCUAUCCCACGUUUUCCAGUCGGUCAGGGGAAAUGUGCUGAAUCUUGCCUUGAUGUUUCGUCACUAUGGACUUGUGGGCCAUUACUCAAAAAUUCUGGUGUGUUCUUACUCGCUGUAAUAGCUCCUCAUGACUUGUGCUAAAUGUCUUGGAGGGUGUAUGAAUUCCGUCAUGUUCUGUUGUGCUCUUUAGCUUUUCGUUUGUCAGCUCCUAUGUGAUCCAUCCGACCUUCCCUUUAGGAGAAUGAGCAGCCCGAGCAUCACGGACUACAACUAAAUCAGACAUCUUUACGCCGUGUCUUUUGCUGUGUUUUGAACUCUGUUACAUGCAUGACAGAAAAAGUGUAUUCACGUUCCUGUUCAGUACUCGUGUAUAUAAGAAACCUGCAACUGAAUUUAUGUACAGAUUUUACACUGGUUGUCCCCCGUGUCAUUUUUUCAGCACUUGUAAAUAAAAAUGGCAAAUCCA